AGAGGAAGAAAAGAGUCGGGAAGUGUAGACUUUCUCUAGAGGAAGAGAAAAGGAGGAGAGGAGAAGAGGGACAGGAGAACAGAAGAAACAAAAGAAGCUUCAAAAAAAAAAAAAAAAAAAUUGGCGACAAUGGCCGGAGCACCAGACGAAAACACAAUCGCACCGCCAUCGCCACCACCUUCACACAGCGACUACUCCACACCUCUAUCGCAAUCCAGAAUCCCAGCCGACGCCACGCCAUGGAUCGAUUACGCGGUCGAGCAGGCACGUGUGGCGCAGAAGACCGUCGAAGAAACCCUAGACUUCGCGAUUUCCACCACCAGGUCUCGCUUCGAUCGGUUUCUGUCCACUGGAUCGGCUCACCUCCACACGACUGUCGACUCUCUGCAAGAUUUGAAGUCUGAUUACGUGGUUUAUGAGGAUAUGGUCUUUGGGAAGAUCAAAGAGGGUAUUAUUGUUGCCGCUUCUCAUCCAGUGGCUUCAUGCAGUGCUGCUGUUGGCUUGGGAUUUCUCGCUCUAAAGAGGCCGAGGCGUUUCUUGUACUACAAUACUUUGCGACUUUUUUCCAAUGAAGAGGCUUUGCUUUCUAGAGCUGAUACGAAAGUAAAGGAAUUCCGGCAAUCAAUCGAUCUUUUAAAGGCAGAAAGCGAAAAGUUAGAGAAGAGGGCACUGCAAGCAGAAGAGGAACUUACACGAGGACGGACCAAACUCAGACAAGCAGGGAAGCAGAUCCAAGGUGUCAUUCGUUCAGCUUAUAAGAUUGAAAGACAAGCAGGGGGCUUAAAAGACGACCUUGGAGAACUUCCUCGCAGAGAAGCAUCUAGAUUUCGAUCCCAAGUUUCUAAUCUUGCUUCGGAGGCAAAAAGAGAAAGGAACACUCUGACCAAGGAGGUUUCAAAGAUCAGCAACUAUGGAAUCUCAGUCUGAUAUUGACCUAUCCCCACUUCUGUUCUUUGUGAGGUGAAGGUAAUAUUCUUACAAACAUCCAGUCUGACAUAGUAAGAUGGCCCCUGUUCUUCCUUCAAAGUGCCUUUGGAGCAUGUGGUUUUGAGGACUAGUUCUUCUUAAGACAAUAAAACGAAAAAAAACUUUCCUUAUUAAACUUGCGGCUAGGUGUUUGACGCAAAUGAGAUGCCCUUGCAUUGCGCUUGAGUUGGAAUGUUGUUUUGAUCCUACCUUCUCAAAGCUUUGGUUUUGUACAGAUGUUGAAAGCCUCAGUUACCUUCACAAGCUUUAAUUUUUGCAAUUUUGAAGUGAUUACAUAGUUUUGAUUUGAUCUAUGAUGAACUUAGGUAUUUCUAUUAGGUGGGGAAGUGAGACAACUGUAUGUUGUAAUCUUAACAUAGCUGCAUCACAAUUCUGUUGGAUUUGAUGUAUGGGUUCCCAAUUUGGGAACAAUAAGCAAAUGUCUAUGUUGCCUGAGAAUCUGUGAUUUGAGGAAUGCCAGAUCAACUUUUCCAGUAUUCAUAUUGUUCCUCUUACCCAUAGUUCAGUUUGUUUUCCUUAUGCUGUAGCUAAAUGGUCUGCUUUUUACUCAAGUUGAUGGGGACCCUUUCUUCGUAGAGUUUCGAGUAGGGUUUCCUCCCAUUGUUUGCCCCUCUUACUCUUUUCUGCAAUGCAAAACAGACAAGGAAAUCUUGGAGUCCUAUUUUCCUCAAAGAUCUGGAUUUCAUCUAAUCUCCUUCCCUGAGCCCCUGAAGUCGAAAUAUAUGUCUCUCACAAACAGUUACAGAGGCAUACCUGAGGGUUGAGAUUGAAAAUCUGAUCAAUUACUUGAAUUUAGAAAUUCGAACUAAAGAAAUAGGACUCCAGGGCCUCCUUUAUUCUGGCAGGCGAAAAGACACAGAUUUACAACAUAAGAAAUGAUACAUGUGGUGUAUGGAUUUGCAUUCCUCUUUUGCAAGGAUAGGUUUCACUAUCUAGAACAGGAGGUUGACAGAUUCUCUUUUAUCCAAUGUUGUAGGAUAAGUAACGUCUAUGAUGCUACUACAUGACAACCACAUAGGAGGCAAAGAUGUCUGGUGAAAUUUUCUGAUGUCAAGUAACGGUUGCCUUGUUCUUUUUUUUCUUUAUAUAACUAUUAUAAUGGUGUUCAGAAUGUUGUCCCAGCUAAUCCUUCGGGUGUGUACAAUUUUCUUAUCUCACGUAGAUCAAGUUAAAAAUAAAAUUUCGUCCUUGUAAUAUUCGGACUUGAGACUUUACAUCCAGAAGUUUCUCUAGCUAAUUGUGACGUUGGUUAAUGCAGUAUCUACCAUAUAAAUGUUACUCCACA